AUUCCCAGCAUUUAAGCCAUGUGGUCUGAGUGUGAAGCACUGGGACGUCCCAUCAAUCGUGGCAGUGCGGCACAGAUGCAAACGUUUCAGUCAGUCAGUCACUUCAGUAAGCACAGUUCGCCGUAUCCAAGGGCUCUCGAAUGAAAAACUGGCUAAACGCGCCCAACAGCAUUGGGAAUCCGGCUUGUUCUCCGACUGUCACUACGAUUACAUGCAGUUGGUUCAAGAGGAGGCAACAGAGCUUCUCUACACGAUCAAGGUCGAUGGGGACAAACUAACUCCACCACAUCAACAGGGAGAAUCUUACGAUUUCCUAAUGACGCGCCCAGACAUGGAAAAAGUACUUGUGCGGAGAGUGACGUAUCCCCAAGGUCACCAUCGGAGAGCAGGUGCGUUGGCGGAGCUCACCAAACCCGACUUAGCAACACAAGACCAGUGGAAUGGGGCUGAAAUUGUUCACGACCGGAACACCGCCACUGGCUGUGCAGAACGAACAAGACAGGAACAGAACGGUUUAAACAAGAGUGAAGUGAACGUGAUAAGACAAGCGUCGAGAAACUGUAAGUCUGAGCAGCGACUUCGGAUUAUUAUCGGCAAUACUUGGCGUUCAAGCUUUACUGGCUUUAAUACCAAUAUAUCGGGGAAGGUAUUCGGUGACGGACAACUCAGUGUUGAUGUCUGCUGGCUUAUUGAUACAAGCGAUGAAACUGCUAGUGGUGAAAAGUUGGUAAAAUAUGGACUCUCGACAUUCGACCUUGGGACUUAUAUGGAGGAUACACUUUAUGUUGACUUGGAUUUGCUGUUCCUCAAUGAAAUGAGUCAAGGCGCAGAACACUGUCUGUUCAAUGGAUACUGGGCACCUACUCACAAGCUAUUCCGAGCAUCAGGCAUAAUAUGGAAGGACAUAGACAAAUAUGCAGCUGAGUUGAUGAAUUCCGAAUGUGCCUUGUGCCAUAUUUACGGACAUUUACGGGCCUGUCGUGAACUGACCUA